GUAAGCACAUGCUUACCGGAAACAUUGUGCCAGUUUUAAUUACUAAACUUCAAUCUAAUUCACAUUUGCUCGGAAAAAUGAUGACCGCACGCCAACAAGUAGUAGCGAUUCUAGUGUUUAUGUUGAUAAAUGGGACAAUUUAUACCCUGAUGUAUCAUUCUGGCAAGAUAUAUCGUAAGCAGUAUCGAACCGUGCUCCUAGCUCCGUCACUACCUGCAAAGAAUUCCACUUUUACACGAAAAUAUCAAUUCGACAUCAUGGAAACGGCGAAUUUUCACAACGAGGUCAUACUAGUGUGGAGCGACGCCACUCCGAUCCAGUUCCGGGGUAGCGAUCAGACCGCCACGCAAAAGUGCGACUGGACGGAAGAUCUUGAGGGAAGAAGGAGGCGACAUGACUGUCUCAGGGUUACAUGGCUGUUAGAUAUGAAGAUUGAAAUAGAAUUUUGAUAAAACGAUGUAUUUAUUUGUGUGGGUUUUAAUCCAAUUUGUGUAAAAUUUUGUUG